AUGACCGACACUGUCUCAGAGCCUCCCGCGACUCCUAAUGACCGCCUCUGCGAGAUCAUCACUCAUCUAUAUCAUCAGAUACAUUCUCUUCCACUUGGAGAUUUUCAGUCUAAUUCUACUCUUCAGAAACUCGUAGACGAGGCUAAAGGCAUCGUUGACGGUUAUGACACUUAUUUGACUGCAUACUCCUCUCCCGCCCUCCCGAUUGUCCGUCGUAUGGUCGAUCACGGAAUGGAGGUUGAUUGGGACGAUUUGCAUGCGAAGGGAGAGACUCAGUUCCGCCUCAUCCCAGAGAUGUCUGCCGGAGGUUACGAAGCAGUCGUUCUCUGCCAUUUUGCUCGUAUGGCCAAGGCUAAAACUAUCCUUGAACUUGGCAUGUUCACGGGGACAACCACCAUUUCCCUUGCCAGCGUGCCGACCGUUGAGAGAAUCGUGACACUCGAGCUCGAGGCUUUUCUCGAGAAGCAUAAUCGACCUUACUUCGACGAGGCCACAGUGUCGGAGAAGAUCGACGUACGGAUCGGCGACGCCACGGUUUCGCUCGACAUCCUCGCCAAAGAGGGGGCCACCUUCGAUAUGGUGUUUAUUGAUGCGGACAAACCCAACUACAAGCAUUACUUCACUCGCAUCAUGGACCUUAACCUUCUUGCAGCAGGCGGUUUCAUCGCAGUUGAUAAUACCACUUUCAAAGCAACACCUUGGGCUCCCGAUAUUGAGAGGUACGCCAUGGGCCGCGACGUACACGAAUUCAACCAGUUCGUCAGGAACGACGCCCGAGUCGAGGAAGUAUUGCUGCCUAUCCGAGACGGUGUUACUUUGAUUAGACGCAAGGGUGAAUAG